UCUUAUUAGUCAGUCCAGUUCUUCUUCUUCUUCUUCCAAGGGCUUUUUGAUCUAUGAAUCGGACUUUACAAGCUCUUAAACUCGAAACCAACUUGGUGGGUCAUCUCAAAACCGGAUUUUUCCAUCUGGGUCGGGAUUGAAACCUCAAGAAACGUUUUCGAAAUCUUGGAUUUGCUGUGAUUGGCAAAAGAAAAAAGAAGUCUAAGAAUGGGCGGUAGUGAACCAGCAGUACUGAAAUUCUGAGUUGGAUUUGCAUUCUGGGGCUGGGUUAGAUUGAGGUAGUUCGUUUUUCUUUAAUGUGGUGGUUUUCUUGACGAGUUUAAAGUGAGUUCGUGGUCAUGGCUCGGCGUCAUGGAUGGCAACUACCAGCACACACAUUUCAGGUUGUGGCUAUAACGGUUUUUUUCUUGCUCUCUGUUGCAUAUUAUGCCUUCUUUGCCCCAUUUCUUGGCAAGGAAAUCUUUGAAUAUGUGGCUGCUGGUGUUUAUUCUGUAUUGGCACUCUCUGUAUUCAUUCUUUAUGUUCGAUGCACAGCUAUUGAUCCUGCCGAUCCUGGAAUUCUGCUUGAAGCUGACAAGACAUCUGUUUAUAAAGCACGCAAUGACACAGGUGGGAAUGCAUCUGCCAUUGAAGAACCCAUCAAGAUAGGAUUAAAGGAUGGAGGAAGAUCUCGUAGGCAUAGUUCGAGUUGUUGUUCAAAACUUGGAGGUUUUUUUUGUGGUUUUCUUGUAAAAGAAGAUUGCCGCAGAGAUGAUCUUCUACAGCAACAACCUGGAGAUGAGGAUGCUUUAUUUUGCACAUUGUGUAAUGCUGAGGUACGUAAGUUCAGCAAACAUUGUAGAAGUUGUGACAAAUGUGUCGAUGGAUUUGAUCAUCAUUGUCGGUGGUUGAAUAACUGUGUGGGGAGGAAAAAUUAUAUGACAUUCGUGUGCCUUAUGGCAGUGAGCCUUGUUUGGCUUAUUGUUGAAUGCGGGGUUGGCAUUGCUGUGCUUGUCCGGUGCUUUGUUGAUAAAAAAGGUACAGAGAAUCAGAUAGCUGAGAAACUUGGAGUUGGAUUCUCCAGGCCGCCCUUUGCUACUGUGGUGGCCUUAUGCACAGCUGUUUCUUUUUUGGCCACUGUGCCUUUGGGGGAACUAUUCUUUUUCCACAUGAUUCUGAUUCGAAAGGGUAUUACCACAUACGAGUAUGUCGUUGCCAUGAGAACACAAAGCGAACCACCUGGACCGUCUCUAGAUGGCGGUGAUCAACAAAGUCUGGCAUCAUCACCAACCAGUUCAGCUGUGACUGCUAUAAGUGGCAAAAGCUCUCUUGGAAUGGGCUUGCAAUAUAAAGGUGCUUGGUGUACCCCUCCAAGAAUCUUCAUGGACCACCAGGAUGAGAUUAUACCACAUUUGGAGCCUGGACGCCUACCCUCGACGGUGGAUCCAGAUGCAGUGCAGUCAUCUGACAUGGGGAAAAGAUUACCCCAGCGUCCGGUCCGAAUCAGUGCAUGGAAACUUGCUAAAUUGGAUUCUAAUGAGGCAAUUAAAGCGGCUGCAAAAGCUAGAGCAUCAUCAUCUGUGCUUCGUCCACUUAGUUCUCGACAUCAUCCAUACGAUGUUGAUCAUUUAUCCAGUAGCAAUGUGAGUGGAAGAAGCAGUCCAAUCAGUACUGAUCAAGGGUUUCACAAUAGAAAUGCUAGAGCUGGAACAUCGAGGUUAUCUCCUCCCAAAAGCUCAUAUCCACCCAGUCUUGUCAGCAAGGAAGAUAGUGAAACAUGCCAUCAUAGCAUUAGUAACCUUAGCAGUCCUCAACUCUCUAACGUUACACCUUCACGGUUGGAGCAGCAAACAGUCAACGUAGAUCACUUCAAUCCUAUUUAUCAAUCAUCGGCAGAUCAAUCUCCUUCAUCAAGGAGACAAAGUGAACAAAAUGAAAAUCCAGUUCGUGAGAAUGUGGCACGAAUGCCUAUGAGAAAUAACAACUUGGGUGUUGCAGAAAACACGAGAUCUUCAGUCUACUGGGAUCAAGAGGCUGGGCGUUUUGUUUCUUCGUCUUCGAGAAGUUUUGGAUCAGAGCUAUUGUACACAGGUCAAUCAAUAUUUUUUGGUGGCCCUGUUGUGAAUGAACAGCAGCCCAGAGGAUCAAGAAAUGGCAGCAGCUCAGGGUCUGCUAGCCUGGAUAGAGGUUCUACAUCAAGUUACUAUCAGCAGGGUAGAUCACAGAGGGGAGGCCAGCUUCCUGUCUUUGUUCCAAGUGAUUCCCGACAAAACCAGUUCUCUUCUAGAUUGCCUUGAACAACAAGCCACUGAUUUCUUUUUCAGAUAUACAGAGCUAGAGCCUGGAUUUUUUUUUUUUUCAAUUUAAUUUUGAUUUUACCGUUAUGUGCAGCUCUUGGAUUUUCUGUGCCAUGUUGCUAAGCUGUGGGUUAACACAUUCACCAUUUCAUUCCGAGGGUAGAGGGUUUUAAUUUCUAACAAUUAUGAUGACUGGAUCUGGGAUUUGUUAACCAAAUGCAUAGAUUGGCUUCGUUUGUUGA